AUGGCGGUGGAAAGCGCAAUCGGCGGCACCUGCGCGGCGGGCUCCCAACCCGCCGCGGCGUCCUCGGCCCCGCAAGCGGCCCACGCCGCGGCUCGGGGAGGGCCGUCCGGCCCCGGAGCGGGGGCGGGAACGCCCGCGGCUGCGGCCGCCGCCCGGGCGCCCGGCGGGGUCCGCGAGGGCGUCCGCGAAGGCAGCCUCGAAGCGCCGACCCGCCAUCCGAUCGACUGGCGCAACCCCGAGUUCUACAACGAGGAGUCCCUCAACGCGGAGCUCGAACGGGUCUUCGACAUCUGCCACGGCUGCCGGCGCUGCGUGAGCCUCUGCAACGCCUUCCCCACCCUCUUCGAUCUCGUCGACGAGAGCGAGACGAUGGAGGUGGACGGGGUCAGCCGUUCCGACUACGGCAAGGUCGUCGAGCAGUGCUAUCUCUGCGACCUGUGCUACAUGACCAAGUGCCCCUACGUCCCGCCGCACGAGUGGAACGUGGACUUUCCGCACCUGAUGCUGCGAGCCAAGGCGGUGAACUACCGCGACGGCAAGGUGAAGCUCAGGGACCGGCUCAUCACGAAGACGGACGUGGUCGGGCGCUUCGCGAGCCUCCCGGUGAUCGUCAACGCGGUCAACGCGGCCAACCGGUCGAAGCCGGUGCGGGCGGCGAUGGACGCGGGGGCGGGGAUCCACCGCGAGGCGAACCUGCCCCCCUACGACUCGAAGUCGAUCCGGCGGCGGCUCCGGAAGCUUCCUUCCACGGGCGUGGACGUGGCCGCGGACACGCCGCGAAGGGGCGGGAGCGGGCCGGCCUCCGGCGACACGCCCGUCCCGGUUCGCCUCGCGCCGUCCGAGCGCUGCUGCGCGAUGCCGCGCCUCGAGCUCGGGGACCUCGAGUCGGUCGAGAAGGCGAAGAACGAGAACGUCCCGGUGCUCGCGAAGCUCGCCGACGAAGGCUUCGACAUCGUCGCCCCGGUGCCCUCGUGCGUCCUCAUGUUCAAGCAGGAGCUGCCGCUCAUGUUUCCCGAGGACGAGCGGGUGGCCAAGGUCAGGGCGGCGAUCUACGACCCUUUCGAGUACCUCGCGCAGCGGCACCGGGAGGGGCUGCUCCGCACCGACUUCCGGCACUCGCUCGGGACGGUGGCCUAUCACGCCGCCUGCCACCAACGGGUGCAGAACAUCGGCUCCAAGACGCGUGACGUGCUCGGCCUCGUUCCGGACACGCGGGUGAGCGUGAUCGAGCGGUGCUCCGGGCACGACGGGACCUACGCGGUCAAGCGCGAGAGCUACGCGCACUCGAUGAAGAUCGUCCGGCCGGUGGUCCGGCGGGUGCGCGACGAGGAGCCGGAUCACUUCGGGAGCGAUUGCCCGAUGGCGGGCAACCACAUUGCCCACGGGCUCGGGGACGGCCGUUCGGCCGAUCAUCCGCUGACCCUGCUGCGCAAGGCCUACGGGAUCUGA